AUGAUCCUGGACCGUGGCGAAUGGGACGAAACCAUUGCGUACUACGCCGGAUACACCGAGGAGGAGGUCGAGCCUGUUGCUCACUUGAUGGUCGAUUACCUCGCACGUCCUGUCGUUCAUGAAGCCUUCUUCAAGAAGUAUGCUAGCAAGAAGUUCCUUAAGGCCUCGAUUCUGACCCGCUCGUGGGCAAAGAGAAUGGCCGCCCACUUCGGCAUCACGGACACACACCUCUCUCUGGACCAGAUCUCGACACGCGAAGACGACAGUCACUACGGUCAAUAUUAA